AUCCGAACUAUGAAGAGAACAUAUGCUGCCAUUAAACCUUUGGAAUAACAUUCGCGUCAGAUUAAAAUGGAAAUAAACAGAAAACCACUUUGCGUUUCAUCUCACACUUUAAAGCGAUACCAUUUUAGCGUGAGGCUGAUGUGUUUGUUUGUUUUGUCCGCUGAAGCUAAUCAAUGUCACGAUACCUACAUGCGUUAUGACGGAUUGGUGAGUUGUGAAGGGCUCAUACUACCUCUCGAAGUGCCCAGAAGCAUCCAAAACUUAACUUUAUACAGAUACAAUAUCUCAGUUUUAACCAAGAGAGCGUUUUCAGCCAAUGGGACCGACACGGACUUACGCGCGCUGUCACUGCAGGACAACAACAUACAGGUGAUCAAAAAAUGUGCGUUUUGUGGACUCCCCCGACUUCUUUCUUUAGAUUUGAGUCACAACCGUUUAAUGGUUGUGCUCCCUGGAGCCUUUUGUGGCUUGGAACAGCUACGUAAUCUUAACCUCAGUAACAGUUUGAUGACCUCGGACGCGAGCCAAUUACCCCUCGCGCUGUCCACGGAUAAUUUGGGUAAUCUUCAGAGAUUGGACCUGUCUGGAAACCGUUUGGAGAACCCGUUCGAGUGUAAAUGUGACAAACUGAAGGAGUUUUAUAAUUGGCUGAAGAAUAGCUCCCAAUGCGCAGACUCCAAUAGCCUGAAAUGCGCACAACCCGAAAAGAGGAAGAACACGCACGUGAUGGAUCUAGAAAAGAGGGACAUGGAGUGCCAAAACUUGGAUGCCCGAUCUUAUGUGCUUCUAGGCAUUGUGUUGGCCCUCAUUGGAGUUGUGUUCCUCAUGGUGUUGUACUUGAACAGAAGAGGCAUCAAGAGAUGGCUUAAUAACAUUAGAGAGGCCUGUCGGGAUCAAAUGGAGGUGUAUCAUUACAGAUAUGAGCAGGACUCCGAUCCCAGGUUAGCAAAUGUUGCAGUUUAAGCGGAACCUUCUGACCUCGUCUCCUCGAAUUGUUUGAUGAAACACUAUGACAAUAAAGUUUUGUAGAUAUUAAGCCCAUGUAUGUUAGUUAUAAGACACGCAUACCCUUACAAAUGUACAAAAUUAACUUUCAGCAGAUACACUUUUUAAAUAAAUAGUUGAAAUAGAUAUGGAAUUUCACUCAUCUUGCACUCAUGGGUGUAUUAUUAUUAUUUUUAUUUAUUUUUUCAAUAAAAUGUUGAAAUGGGAAUGUACCUCCAUCCUGUCUGGGACUAGCAAUCAAGAAAGCUGUUUUUUUUUUUCUGGUUACAAGCCAUUGAGAUGAAUGGGAAUGCUGAUGGGUAGCUUUCUCCAGGUAUUACAGAUCUCAUUGCAAGCAGUAACCAAUCAUGUUUCACGAUGUGAUGUAAAUGGAAGCCUGUUGGCUAUUUUUAAAAGAUCCUUAGACAAAAAAUUAAUCAAAACAGCAAAGACAACAGGGCUCAGAUGAACCGUUCAUUUGUAUUAGAUGCUAUGGAAUGAAGAAAGUUUAACUGUAUAUACAUUUACCAGUUUAAAAAAAUACUAAUACAUAAAUAACCAUUCUGAAUAAUAUAUGAAAGUGCAGGAUUUGUGUAACACAAAUGCUUUCCUCAGUGCAUUAACUUAUUGCACCAAACAGUCCAGUUAUAAAAUCCUGGACAAAUGUAAGCAAAAAUAUACAAUAACUUUUCUCAUACUGCUGAGAAAUGGGCAUUAAUGUAUUUAAUGAAAUGGGUAAAGGAUCAACUUUCGUGAUAUCAUUUUAGAAUGUUUAAUUGCAAUAGGGUGAAUAUGAAAAAACUUUAUAUGCACUAUCUGGAGGACUGCUUUGAAUUUAGCUUUUUUACCCUAUAUAACCCUGUAUACAGUGCCAAUACAUUCUUGAUCUAGAGUGAGACACAAUAAGCCUUUUUUCUCCAAUGUUUGAUUAGACAGUUGAUUAUGCAUAUGGAGAUUUGACAUUACAAAAAUGUGCAGUUCUUAACUUCAUCAUAUUUUGAAUGAGUGUUAUGCAGACCAGAUAACCUUGUGAUGAAAUUAAAUUAUAGAGCCGUGACAUAAUACUAUUUUAUAAACAAAUGACUUGCAUCCUCAAUAAAACUCAAGAUAUCCUCA